AUGGCUAGUCCUACUUUGUUUACCUUCGAUGCUGACGGCCGUGCGGUCGAUUUUGAGGUGUGGGUAGAUGACUUGCAGCUCUAUCUUCAGUGCGACUCCAAGGACGGAGUCUCACUGUUCGAUCACACGUCCGGCGCCUCUGAUGCACCUGCUCCCGACGCUGACAGUACAGUUCGCUCGCAGAGGACUACCCGUGACGUCGCUGCUCGCCUUGCUGUUCGUAGUCACCUGCCGUCUGCUGAGCGCAUGCACUUUGGCCAGUACAAGACUGCUAAGUCUCUGUAUGAUGCUGUUGUCGCACGCUACUCCUCCCCUGCCUCCGCUGCCCUCAACCUCACCCGUCUCUCUGCCUCUCUCCGCUCAGUCAGGGACCACUUUCUCUCCCUUUGCCCCACUGAGCUCACCGUCUACCUGCUCGAGGAGCGCCUCCUUGCAGCUAAGACUAGCAUAGUCGCUAUAGGAGCGUCUCGCGUUGACCCUCGCGCCCCUUUCUUUGAGGGGUGCUCCCCCGUCCCCCUUUUGCCCUCUGUUGCUUCUGCUCCUGCUGUCAACCUCGUUGGCACCGAGGCGAUCGGGGCUGCGUCUGCUCCUAGUGGAAGGCGCCGCAAUGGCAAGGGCAGGGGGGGCAAGGGUGGUGGAGGGGACGGCGGGGGCGGCGGUGGUGGCGGUGGAGGAGGUGGAGGGGGUGGGAGUGGAGCGCCAGCAGCAGCCGCGCUCCCGUGA